AUGUGUGAGAGGCUCCAAAACCAGGCUACACUGUCAGGGGAAACAAGGAAACAACCCCAGUCUGGAAACAGGUGCAGCUUUCACCCCUCUGAGAAGCUAAAACUUUACUGUAAACCUUGCCAAGUGCCUCUGUGUGUGGACUGUGUAGAAGAAGGCCAUGAUGGACAUCCUAACAUAAGCCUUGCAAAAGCCACACAACAAAGGAGGUCCACAGUCCAGGCCUUGAUCAGUGAGGGGAGGAACAUCUUAGAAAGUUACUUCAGCUUCAUCAGAGGUCUGAGGGAAACAGAGAAAACCCUGAAUGAACAGAAACAGCAGACAGACAAUGCUAUCACUGAGGCCUACAAGGCACUCUUGGCUAAAGUGGAACAAAAUCACAGCGAGAACUUGGAGAAAAUACAGACGGAAAGGGACAGAGUGUUGUCAGAUGUCAAUGAACUAUCUGCUGCCUGUGAUCGAGCAGAACAAGAACUGCAGCUGGGAUGGGUCGAGAUUCUCAGUCAGCAAACUGCUUUGACAGAGGUGGUAGGAAAGUACAGAGGAAAAGCAGCACCAACUCCUGUACAAACCCAGCCUGCUGUCUUCCAGCCCACAGACAUUCCAGUGCCAGUAUUGGGACAUGUGACGGUCCAGUCUCUCCCAUCUGCACCAACCCCAGCAGUACCUGCACCAAUCCCAGCAGCACCUGCAACAAGGGGCAGAGGUCAUCACCAUGGUAACCAAAGACAAAGAGAGAAUCAUUCUCAGACGGUGACAUUUGGUGGAGAGGGAUCAGAAACAGGACAGUUUGACAGACCAUAUGGUGUUACAGUGUCAGAUGAAGGGGAGAUCUUUGUAGCAGAUACUAGGAACCAGAGAAUCCAAGUCUUCACCCUGCAGGGAACAUUUGUGAGACAGUUCCCGACAGUCGUGGCAGGUGGACAGAGGAUGGACCCAUCGGAUGUGGCCAUGGAUGGGGAGGGGAACCUGUGGGUGGUGGGGGAGGCAGAGUCUGCAGACUUUGCUGUGCAGUACAACAAACAGGGCAGGGUGCUGAGGAAGUUUGACCUACAGGAGUCAGAGUGGUACAGAGGAGUUGCUGUGGAUACCAGGAGGAACCACAUCCUCAUCAUACAAACCACGGGACACUGGGUCAACCUGCAUGGUGAAGUUUUGGUGUUCAGGCCAUUUGGGACACUUGUGAGAACUGUGGGUCAGCAGCAGGGGAUGAAGCACCCACAGUACAUCACUGUGGAUGGGGAAGGGAACAUUCUUGUGUCAGACUUGCGCAAUAACUGUGUCCAUGUGUACAACGAAAACAGACAGUUUCUGUUCCAGUUUGGAGGUGAGGGAAGUGGUGAAGGUCAACUGAAGCAUCCCCGUGGCAUCUGUACAGACAGGGCAGGUAACAUCAUCGUGGCAGACUAUGGAAACAGGCGUGUGGAGAUGUUUGACAAGACAGGAAAAUUCCUCAAACACAUCACUACAGACAUGAAGGAGCCAUGGGCCGUUGCCAUGGCACCACAGGGACAGCUGGUAGUGACUGAUGCAGAGAAAAACACCGUCUCCAUAUUUCAAACCUACUGAACCUGUUCAUACCUUCAGGUUCUCAUGAACUGUAACUGUAUAGUAGUACUGCAAGAUGAUGACUCGACACAACUAUAUUAACAUUGCAGCCAUGUUCAUUAUUGAAUAGGGUAUACACAUGUACAUAUGUAGGAUUGCCAAGUUGAUUCUGUUCACUUUAUGCCACAAUGUUACUAUGAUGAAAGAGUCUGCUACUUAAAGCCCCUGGUGAUCAUUAUUGAUUAUAGAUGCCAGUCAGAGAUUAUGUACUACAUGUAUUC